AUGGACGGGAGAAGCAUAGCUGUCUACACCUCCAACGUGCAGCGGACAUUGCAGAGCGCCUGGGCCUUUCUCCUCGGCUUCGUCCCGGCGGCGGCAGUGUUUUUUGCGUUCCGCUCCGAGCGCGUCUUCUCGGAUGCGGCGCGCCGAACUGUUGGCAUCCCUAUCUACAUCGAAGAUGCUGUCCGCUCGGAUGACAAGCUGUUCCAUGAGUGGAAACUGACCAAUGGGUACGAUGCCUGGCGGGCCAAGAACAUCAGACGGUCCCGUUUUCUGCAGGACGCUGCCAAGCAGCCAGAGUAUCACAAGCUCCUCGACAAGCUGUACGAGUGUAGCAAGGAUGAGCGCCUGGCUCCAAAGCAGAGCAUGAUGGACAGGCUCAUUGCUGCGAAAGACUUGGACACACAGGUUGCCAUAGAGGAGGCACACAACCGCCCAGUCCUCGUGAACGAGGGUGGGAUUGAAAUCGACGAGGAAGAUCGCUCCUUGCUGAAAUCCAUCGGCGACGAGGUCAAACGCCGCUGGUACGGUGCCGCUUCGGGCUCGGUGGAGGACUCCUAUGGCAAGAAAGGCGCAGGAUACCUGGCGCACAAGAUCUGUCGGCACAUGCAGCAGAGAGCGUCGAGUAAAUCGCAGCUGCGCUUCGUUCAGAUGUCCUGCCACGACACGACCCUGGCUGCCCUGGCGGCACACAUGGGCCUGGAGCUUCCAACGAUCGGCUUCGGUGCCUUCCUUCUCCUCGAGCUCCAUGCCACAAAGGAGGGGCACUUCGUUAAGAUUUACUUCAACUCCACUCCAUGCGCUGGAGACGAGUCCUAUGCGCACGGGGAGAUCUUCGAUUUGUUCGUCCACGGCUGUCUGACGGGGUUCUGGCUCACGUCCACAAAGACCCCACAUGGGCGAUGGCGGCCAACUCGACAACUUCAAGUGGUCGAGGAAGCAUGCGCAAGCCUAGGAAAUGUCGUUGCUUCCUUGUCCACGGCUUGUAAUCCAUGGCACAGCCCAUGCGAUUCCGAAGGUCCACGGCCUGCGACUUCCACGCAGGGACACGUGCCAUUCUCGGAGAGGACUCUGGUGACGCCUGCGUGCAGGCAUGGGUGUGGCGGGCGAGACCCGGAAUGGAUAGUCAAUGACAGGGGUCUGGGGCGAGGAGACCCGGAAUGA